GGAAGGGCCGAGCCACGGACUGUGGUACGGAGGUGUGCUCCUGCCCACCCUUUCUCCAGGCUGUGGCCUCCGCGAGGGCGGAGCUGGCCGCACCGCCGGCCGCGCGACUGCCCAGCUCAGACUCGGACUCCGCCUCUAGCCCGCCUCAGCCUACCUGUCGGGAGGUCCUGACUUGUUUCCUCCCUGAGUUUCCCGCGGGAACUAACUUGAAGAGGACCAACCGCAGCCCAGAGCUUCGCAGGCCCGGCCAACCAGAAGCGAGGUUGAGAUCAGGGGCGGGCCGCGGGGAGAGAGCGUCCCAUUUGUCUUGAAAAGCCUGGGCGUGUGGAUUGGGAAGCCCGGGAGCUCGGCGGGGUGCGGAAGUGCCCAGGCCCCUUCUCCUGGGUUUGGGAGCUUGGGCGAGCCAGCUUCACCCUUCUGAAGUCCGCUUCAGGUGUCCGGGCUCAGCCUCGGUCACCAUGUCCUGCCAAACCACCCCUCUGGGCUCCAGCUGUCUGGACCUGUGGAGGGAAAAGAACGACCGGCUCGUUCGACAGGCCAAGGUGGCUCAGAAUUCCGGUCUGACUCUGAGGCGACAGCAGUUGGCUCAAAAUGCACUGGAAGGUCUCAGAGGGCUCCUCCAUAGUCUGCAAGGUCUCCCUGCAGCUGUUCCUGUUCUCCCCUUGGAGCUGACUGUCACCUGCAACUUCAUUAUCCUGAGGGCAAGCUUGGCCCAGGGUUUCACAGAGGAUCAGGCCCAGGAUAUCCAACGGGGCCUAGAGAGAGUGCUGGAGACACAGGAGCAGCUGGGGCCCAGGUUGGAACAGGGGCUCAAGGAGCUGUGGGACUCUGUUCUUCAUGCUUCCAUCCUUCUGCCGGAGCUGCUGUCUGCCCUGCACCGCCUGGCUGGCCUGCAGGCUGCCCUCUGGUUGAGCGCUGACCGUCUUGGGGACCUGGCCUUGUUGCUGGAGACCCUGAAUGGCAGCCAGGCUGGAGUGCAAUGGCACGAUCUCGACUCUGCAACCUCUGCCUCCUGGGUUCAAAAUGGAGCCUCUGAGGAUCUGCUGUUACUUCUGAAAACUUGGAGUCCCCCAGUUGAGGAAUUAGAUGCUCCAUUGACCCUGCAGGAUGCCCAGGGAUUGAAGGAUGUCCUCCUGACAGCAUUUGCCUACCGCCAAGGUCUCCAGGAGCUGAUCACAGGGAACCUGGACAGGGCCCUAAGCAGCCUUCAUGAAGUGGCUUCAGGUCUGUGUCCACGGCCUGUGUUGGUCCAGGUGUACACAGCACUGGGGUCCUGUCACCGUAAGAUGGGAAAUCCACAGAGAGCACUGUUGUACUUGGUUGCAGCUCUGAAAGAGGGAUCAGCCUGGGGUCCCCCACUUCUGGAGGCCUCUAGGCUCUAUCAGCAACUGGGGGACACAACAGCAGAGCUGGAGAGUCUGGAGCUGCUAGUUGAGGCCUUGAAUGUCCCCUGCAGUUCCAAAGCCUCACAGUUUGUCAUUGAGGUAGAAUUACUACUGCCACCACCUGACCCAGCCUCACCCCUUCACUGUGGCACUCAGAGCCAGGCCAAGCAUGUAUUAGCAAGCAGGUGCCUACAGACAGGGAGGGCAGAAGACGCUGCAGAGCAUUACUUGGACCUGCUGGCCCUGUUGCUGGAUAGCUCGGAGCCAAGGUUCUCCCUGCCCCGCUCCCGCCCAGGGCCCUGUAUGCCUGAGUUGUUUUUGGAGGCAGCAGUAGCACUGAUCCAGGCAGGCCGAGCCCAAGAUGCCUUGACUGUAUGUGAGGAGUUGCUCAGCCGCACAUCAUCUCUGCUACCCAAGAUGUCCCGGCUGUGGGAAGAUGCCAGAAAAGGAACCAAGGAACUGCCAUACUGCCCACUCUGGGUCUCUGCCACCCACCUUCUUCAGGGUCAGGCCUGGGUACAACUGGGUGCCCAAAAAAUGGCAGUUAGUGAAUUUAGCCGGUGCCUUGAGCUGCUCUUUCAUGCCAUACCUGAGGACAAAGGACAAGGGGCAGCUUCCAACUGUGAACAGGGAUGUAAGUCAGAUGUGGCACUGCAGCAGCUUCGGGCAGCCGCCCUAAUUAGUCGUGGACUGGAAUGGGUAGCCAGUGGCCAGGAUACCAAAGCCUUACAGGACUUCCUCCUUGCUGUGCAGAUGUGCCCAGGUAAUCAAGACACUUACUUUCACCUGCUUCAGACUCUGAGGAGGCUGAAUCGGAGGGAUGAGGCCACUGCACUCUGGCGGAGGCUGGAGGCCCAAACUAAGGGGCCACAGGAAGGUGCUACAUGGUCUCUCCCGCUGUACCUAGAAAGCUAUUUGAGCUGGAUCCAUCCUUCUGAUUGUGAAGCCCUCCUUGAAGAGUUUCAGACAUCUCUGCCGGAGUCUUGUGACCUGUAGCUGCUACGUUUCCAAGAGCUUGAGCUGGGGCCCCCGUGGGCUGUCUCUGUGUGGGGAGGGCUUUCUGUUUCACCAUCAUUAGGAAUCCUGGACUGGUGAGGUUGGUGGUGAGCCUGUGAAAUUUGCCCCAGUUACUACCAUUCUGGUUUUGGAGGAAACAAUCUCUGCCACCACCAAGUUAUUGACUUUGCUCGAGGCACCUUUUUUUCCUGUUUCCCCUUUUCUUUUGUUGAGUAAAAUUUCAUUUAUA